AACAAGCAGGCACUGUCACCACGACCAGGUCGCAGCUCAAUCGUCUAAUCGCCACCGGAGACGGCUGCCGGCGCCGGAAAAUGGCUCCAUUUCCCGCCGGACGACGCUUCCUCAUACUCUGUUUCUUCACACUGCUUCUAACAGCUCAGUCCCGACCGAAUCCGGAUCUCCUCCCUUCCGAUUUCAACGCUCUGUUGCUGGUCCAGAAGGAAUUAGGGUUCCGCCGCGCACCGGAGAGGAACCCCUGCGGAUCCGCCGGAAUAUUCUGUGAGCGGAGAACCGUCAACAAUUCCGAGUUCCUGAGAGUCACCCGCAUCGUCUUCGACACUCACGACCUCCAUGGCAGACUCUCUCCCGCCAUUGCCAAACUAUCCGAGUUGAAGGAGCUCUCCUUGGGCAACAACCAACUGUUCGACGAAAUUCCUCUUCGAAUCACAGACUGCAAGAAGCUCGAGAUCCUCAACCUCGGAAAGAAUCAGUUUUCUGGCGCUAUUCCCGCCGGAUUCUCCUCCUUGAUCCGCCUCAGAAUCCUCGAUUUAUCGGGAAACAGAUUGAACGGAAACCUGAAAUUCCUGAAAUACUUCCCAAAUCUUGAGAAGCUGAAUCUCGCCGACAACCUGUUCGCCGGAAAAGUGCCUGUUUCUCUAAGAUCUUUCCGGAAUCUCAGAUCCGUCAACGUCUCCGGCAACAGCUUGCUCGAAGGUCCCCUGCCAUGGAUGAACAACCUCAAUCUUGAUCAGUUUCCGUCCACAGAUUUGACUGCAGAAGACAGCAAUCCAAAGCGUUACAUAUUUGCUGAAACUCCACCAGGCCUGAAGAACUCGUCAGGUCCUGCCAUGGCUCCUCGUGCAAGCCAGAGUCCAUCCACCGGAGCUCCGUCGCCGACGGCGGCGCCAAAAAAGCACAAAAACAGGAACAAGAAGAAGAGAAUCGGUAUCUGGACACUCGGAUUCGUGGCAGGAUCCAUUGCAGGCAUCAUUUCCGGGAUGAUCUUCUCUGUAAUUUUCAAGCUUCUGAUGCUGCUAAUCAAAGGGCGUAAGAACGACACAAAAUUGAAAAUAUUCAGCCCGAUGAUCAAGAAGCCUGAGGAUUUAGCAUUUCUUGAAAACGACGAUGGAUUAGCCUCGCUCAACGUGAUCGGAAGGGGCGGGUGCGGCGAGGUCUACAAAGCCGUAUUGCCCGGCAGCAACGGCAAGGAAAUCGCGAUCAAGAAAAUAAUUCAGCCGGCGAGGGAUGCCGAGGAGCUGACGAAAGAAGACAGCAAGCAACUAUCGAAGAAAAUGAGGCAAAUCCGAUCGGAAAUUCAGACGGUGGGACAAAUCCGGCACCGGAACUUACUUCCCCUGUUAGCCCACAUGCCGCGCCCCGAUUGCCAUUACUUAGUUUACGAGUACAUGAAGAACGGCAGCCUUCACGAUUGCCUACAGGCCGUUGCCGCCGGAAAGCGAGAGUUAGACUGGCCGACAAGGUACAAAAUUGCGCUCGGCGUUGCGGCCGGGCUCGAGUACCUCCACAUCAACCACCACCCAAAGAUAAUCCACCGCGACCUGAAGCCUGGGAACAUCCUCCUCGACGACGAGAUGGAGGCGCGGAUCGCGGACUUCGGGCUGGCGAAGGCGGUCCCGGAUGCGAACACGCACGCGUCAACGUCGAACAUCGCGGGGACGGUCGGGUACAUCGCGCCCGAGUACCACCAGACGUCCAAAUUCACGGAAAAGUGCGACGUGUACAGCUUCGGGGUGGUUCUGGGGAUUCUGGUGAUGGGGAAGCUGCCGUCGGACGAGUUCUUCCAGCACACCGACGAGAUGAGUUUGGUGAAGUGGAUGCGGAACGUGAUGGCGUCGGACGACCAGAAGCGCGCGAUCGAUCCGAAGCUGGCGGGGCAGGGAUUCGAGGAGGAGAUGCUGCUGGUGCUUAAGGUUGCCUGUUUUUGUACAUUGGAUGAGCCUAAGGAUAGGCCUAAUAGCAAGGAAGCAAGAUCCAUGCUGGCUCAGAUCAAGAGCUAGGAAAAGGUUGGACAUUAUGAUUGUGGUGUUCUUAGGUUAUGUUGUUUGUUUGUGUGUUUUGAUGGUGCAAUAAUGUGUUUGUGUGUGUGUAUUUGAAGUGUUCAUCCUGGCAUCUACAUUUGUCUCUACUAAUGACGAACACCUAUGUCCAUGUUCUUUUCUUCCAAAACAUGUAUUGGAUCAUUCUCUUGAAUUUC